GCGGAGAGGGAUGGGCGAGAGGCGAAAUACGAGGGAGAGCCUGAGGAGGAGGAGGAGAAGGAGGAGGAGGAGGGAGGUGCGGAGCGGAUCAGGACCGAGCCUGAUCGCCCUGAUCAGGGCGCUCUGAUCGCCAGAGGCCCCUCGGUGCCUGGGGAGCACCGGCCCCCCGGGGGACGCUUUCAUCUGGGUGGAGAGAGCGGAGAGGAGGGACAGAGACAGAGACACCCGCGCUGGGACCUCGAGGGAUCCACAUUCUCAUCCACUGGACUUCGCGGGCGGGCUCGGACGGGCUUAGAAGUGCAAACUGCCUCCGGCCAAAGUGCGCGGCCCAUCGGCCACCCAUCGGCCGGCGAGAUGAGGACGCCCGCGGCCAUGACCCUGGGCUUGGUGCUGGCCCCCUGCGGCUUGCUCCUGUGCCUGGUCUGCACGCUGACGCCGGGGUGGCGGCAGGCGACAGGUUUCCUUGAUCAGCCGGUGGACGUGAUGCUGACCCAGGGACUGUGGGACACGUGUAGAGAGCAGAGCAGCAGCGAAAGACAGUGCGGGGUGACCGAUGAGCUGGGCUACUACACGGCCGAGCCGGUGCUGGCGGCGCGCGCGCUCACCGUCACCGGGCUGGCCACCACGGCCGUGGGGCUGGUGAUGGCCUCGCUGGGGGUACGCUGCUGGCACAAGACGCCCCGCGCCGGGCUGGCAGGAGCCUCGGGGCUCGUGCUCUUCGCCGCGGGCCUCCUGGGACUCAUCCCGGUGUCUUGGUACACCCAUGUCUUGCAAAACCGCACAGCUCUUCCCGCACCACCCAGCCCCGUCCAGCUGAAGGUUGGCUACAGUGUAGUGCUCGGCUUCCUGGGCAGCUGCCUGCUGCUAGUGGGGGGCUUCUCCUUGGCACUCAGCUUCGCCCUGGUCUGCGAAGAGUGCGCCCGACGCCCUAAGGCGUACCCCAGUCCGCGCCGAAGCAGUCUUAGCACGGUUCAGAUUCAAUGGCCCGACGUUUCCACCACUCCAACGAUCUGGUCCCAGCGAAGUCAGGGCCGGCUUCAGCCCCAAGGUGGCCCUAAGCCCCGAGUGGGCUUCAGGAUGCCCAGGCCAGUGGCCUACACGAACCCAGAGGACGUAUUGAAGGGGGAGCUAAGCAGCAGCCAGCAUCCUAGCUCCAUUACCACUCUGCCUUGUGACUCAGACUUGUAGUUUCCCACCUUUGCCUGGAUGCCUGGUCCUGGCCCUGCUCAAAUUAAUGCAGUGGAACUCCCCCGAGAGACACUAGGACUGCGCGGGACCCAUCAUUUCUGCCAGGUUCCCACUCUGGCUUCUGCUUUUGAAAGGCGUAUCAUUGGAAGGGGAGGCGACCUGGGGUUUUCAGGGAAUUGCGUUAAGGCUAGAAGGGACCAUAGAAGUAAGUCAAGCCACUUUCUAGAAGCAGCUGGGUGAAACAGUGAAUAGAGUGUUGGCCUGGGAGGCAGGAAAACCAGAGUGGACAUUGAGCCCCUGACACUGCCUAGCUGUGUAACCCCGGUUAAGUCAUAAUGGUCCCCAUCUGGCAAGUGAGGAUAAUAAUAACAGCAUCUACCUCCCUCUGGGGUUAUUGUGAGGACCCAAUAAGACAGUAUUUGUAAGGCAAGCACUUUCCAAAGCUUAAAGCUCUUUAUACAUGCUAUCUCUGGUUAAUAUCACUUCCUUGUCUUAACAGGAGUCCAGAGAAUUGAACUGAUAAUCAGAGGCUAGAACCUAAUCUCCCAGUGGUCUGUUUACUGGAGGCUCUGAGUCUUUAUUGCUCAAGAAUUAUUUGGAACUUUUAAAAGCAGCAACAAUGGCCUAUUGAUCACCUUCAGAUCACACUUGGAGGCCUAAUUUUGAUCGUUUGGUCUAUGUUGUCAUUUGGCAUCCACCUGUCCUGUUGUUCUAUACUUCAAAGCUGAUACUGUAGGGAAUAGAAGAAAGAUUAUAGAGUUCAUGCCUUGGGGACCAGAUGAAGAAGAGGAGGAGGAGAGGGCAACAGAGAUCCUCAGAGUCACACAGAGCUGGUGAGACCGAGUCAUGGAAUCGACUUGAACCCAAGUCUCCUGGGACCCAGACUGGUGGUUAUGGUUAGGCUUAAAAUAAAAAGCAAUAUGUCAUUGGGCCUAGAGUCAGGAACACCUAGGUUCAAAUCACACCUUAGACAGAUAUUAUCUAUGUGACCCUGGGCAAAGUGCAUAAUGACCCUAUGCCUCUGUUUCCUUGGCUUUCAAAUAAAAGAAUUGGACUCAAUAGCGUCUAAGAUCUCUGGCAAGCUUUAAGUCUCCAAUCUGAUCAUUAAAGUUAGUUGAGUUCUGGUAAACUUACAAUCUCUGCAUAAUGACACAUACUGGCUUGAUUCAUCCCCACACCUCUCUGCAACCCUGCUUAUCUCAGGCUUCUCUUCCUAUCAUCCUCUGAGAGCAUGGCAAUGGGGACAAUAGCGAUUUGUCUUAUAGAAGUCAGAUCAUAACAGCUGCUGAAGAGAGUGGGUAACAGAUUUUUAUACAUGUUUUUCCUUGUAGAACUAGGGGUUGCAUCCACUGGAAAUGACCAA